AUGGCCGAUCGCUCGGCGGAUAUCACAUCGACGCGUCUCGCCGCUGCGGCAAAAGUCGCGGCUCGGCGCGACACGUGCGGCCAUCUGUCGGCGCGGCGGCAGCGGGCGCGCGCGAGAUGGCGCCGCUCGGCGGCGCCGCUCGGCGGCGCGCCGCGUACCGUAUUGACAGGUGCCUCGGCAGCAUGGCGACCAGUGUUUACGACAACUGAUCGCGGUCGAUCGAAGCCCGCGCCGCCGUUGUCCCGGUCGAGUCAACGCGCGGCUGUUUACGGUGUCGGCGGUGACCGCGUUUCUCCCGGCGCGAGCGACGCGCGCCCCGAAUCGCGCUACACGUUGACGCGCGCGACGCACGAGAAACGGAGUCCUUCCGCGAAACGGCGCACGCAACUCGUGGCGCGUGCUGGACGGCGAGGUUGCCUCCUCGUUUGGGGAUUCGCGUCAGGUGGUGGGACCCUCGCCUCGCUCGACUGCCCUCGUCGCACGCAGACUCCUCCAACACCGACGUCCUCGUUAUCGCACAUGUACACGGUGAGACGGUCUCUUGUUCACGGAGCACAGCGGGAGAGACAUUGGCGAGAGGCGUCGGUGAGUUUUAAUAACUCAAAAAUACAUCCUGAUAGCCGGAGGUCAAUUAACGAAAUUAAAUUAAUGCAGAUUGAAUCUUCCAUAUAUAACGUAUCUCAUUAAUAAUAAUAAAAAGUUGUGAAUUACCAUCAAGUGUAAUAAUGUAUAUAAUUAUAUGCGACAUACAAGUUGACCCGUAAGAUAAGUGAAAGAUUAAGAUCUAUACGGGUAUGCCUUGUCGAACAAUUACGCCGGCUGGCGUGAGAUAAUAACCGUGUAAGCCGACCGCGUUUUACCACGCUGACCACAUUUAACGAACGCGGUCCCAAGCAGUCUACGAUCGACGUCGCGAGGCGAUACCGGAAUCGCAACGCGUCGUAAACACAUGCCCAUGGGAAUUAUCAAUGCGUCCCACGCGUCGCGCACGGACACACUCGCGGCCGAGAGAAAAAGGGACUCCGAGAGAGGAGAACGGCAGGUUGUCUGUUCCCGACUGGCCGAGGCGAUCAGUUUCUGUUGGGCUGCGAAUGUGCGCGCACGCACGCAUCGUUGUAGACAGAAGCGAGGGGUGUGUUUGCGAUCAUUCAGAUAGUCGCUCGAAAUAUCGCGAGACGCGUAUUUCCUUUUUCGCGAGUGGGCAUUUUAUAAUCUAUAUCGGGUUUAAUUAGAUCUUGGAUAAAUCGUGGUACUGUGAUCCUGCGAGCUGGAAACGCGCCAUCAAGAAGAACAGAAUUUCAAACGCAUUUCUACGCGAAUGGUUCGAUUGUGCUCAGUUAUAAUAUCACUGUACGUUGACGUGAAAAACACAAGAAAAGAAUAUAUAUUUAUGUCGAUGUCUCGUAGUGCGUGGAAAUUUGUCGUUGAUACGCUUGUCGUUGGUGAAAAUUGCAAGUUAUAGCGAAAAAAUUUCACUCCAGAAGAGAAAAUUACUUGAUCCGUUGAAGCUGCGUUACUCGUAUCGCAGAAAUUUUCUGUUAUUAAGUGAAUUCUUGGCAAAGGAGAUACUGCAACGGAGAGCAUGCUUUAAUUAAUAGUCGUCGCAAAAUAUGUUGCAAGUUUUUUACUUCGUUGCGGUCAGCGUCAUAUCUCCGUUAUGAAUUCUUCAGUUACUCUUGGCUCUCUCAUUUCCCUGCUCGUCUCGUCUUGAGUGUUACAUAUAUGAUCUCCGGCGAGAGGGAAUCGUGUUACGGGGGAAUAUAAGAAUAAUUGAAAACCUGACAGGAGAUAGAUCGCCGUGUCGGGCUGAAAUAUUUAAAUCGACUCUAAUCUCUCUCAGUACCGUUGUUUUGAAAAAUAGAUCAAUUUCGCUUCUGGGACAUAACUUUCCACAAAAGAAAAUAUUUCAACGACACUUGGUGCAAAAAAACUGGACGGCUUUAAAAGAAUCAAUCAGAUUACCAAACUUUGGAAAUGUAAUUAGUGAGCAAAAAUAAAAUAAAACGCAAACUUGAAUGCCUAUUCUACUGAUAAAAUAUACCAAUGAAGACUACGAUAUCGUACAACCUUUGACAAUUGUGUAGACCAGCAUAGUCUAGUCGAGUUAGACAAAGUAUUCGAGGAGAAUAACUUCAAUCAAUAGACG